AUGAAGGUUACGACAGCAGUUUUGGCCGCUCUGGGCAUGGCCCCGUUCGCUCUCGGAAAGGUUGCUCACAACGUUUACCCCAGCGUCCGCCGAGGAGACAUUGCUCUCGAGGUUCGUGACAAGGGCAAUGACAACCAAAACAACAACGCCAACGCCAAUGGCAGCAAGGACAACAAGGAUAACAAGGACAAGAACAACGGGAAAGACUCCAAGAAAGCAACAGAGCAAGAAAUUGCCGAACUUGCCAAGCUCAUCGGUCUCACCGCAGGCCUCAACGCUCAGCUCAACCUCCUCUGGGUCAACCUAGGUGGCGGAUCCGUUACCACCAUUAUCAACUCGGAAAAGACCGUCACCGUGACCGCCACCCAAGCCGCGACGGUAGUCAACGGUGCCGCCGGUGGCGCCGACGCGACGGCGAUAGCCAGCACCGCUCCUGCGUCUGGCGUGCCCUCCGCCGCUCCGGCGACUCCCACCCAGCCCGCCGGCGUCGCUGCCCCAGCAGGAGGAGCCGCCACGCACACCGUCACCGUCGGCGGACCGCAAGGUCUGGCCUUUAGCCCGGCGCAGACGAAGGCGGCCGUGGGCGAUACCGUCAUCUUCACCUUCCUCAGCCAGAACCACACCGUGACGCAGUCGGCCUUUGAUAAACCCUGCGUGGCGCUCCCUGGAGGCAUGGACUCGGGUUUCCAGGCCAAUGUCAACAACACCGUCAACCCUCCGCCGCAGGUCGCUAUGCAGGUCAUGGUUGAUACGCCUCUUUGGUUCUACUGCCGCCAAGCAAACCACUGCGGCAAGGGCAUGGUCUUUUCCAUUAACCCUACUGCCCAAAAGACCCAUGCUCAAUUCCAAGCCCAGGCCAUUGCGCAGAACGGCACUGGCACGGACAGUGGCAUCACCGGCGGUAAUGCUUCCGCUGCUCCUCCCGCAGCUCCUUCCGCAACCGUUGGCGGUGAUACCACUGCAACAGCCGUGGCUGGUGGUGCGGCCCAAGCAACUGGAAACAUUGUGACUGGUGUUGGCCAGGUUGCCGCGGACGGCUCGUGCGUAUGCGCCGUCUCUUGCGCUGCCGGUUCCUUCCCCAAUGUUGCGGCCCAGGGUGUGAACGCCUUUGGUGGCGUAGGUGGUGAGUAG